GGACGAGGUAAACUCGCGCUUUGUGCGUCGAACGCACACAAACGGGCAUCCCUCUGAAUUAUCGUUCGCUCUCGAUAGCCUCUUAAAGAGGCUACCAAAACUGGAGCAACAUAUUUUCAUGGCAAGUUCUCUAUUCUUCAUGUGAUUCCAUUUCAUUUGACAAUCGCAUCUUUCGCUUUCGUCCAAGUGAGAGACAGUGAAAGUUAUUGAUUCUCAUUGUGAACUACGUUUCAGUGAUAUUCCGUGCUCCUUUUUCCGCGAGGAAUAAUAAUUGUUCUGUUAAAAAGAAUAGGCAAAAUGAAGGUGGGACUGUUAAAGAAUUUCGUGCAUUAUUUUAACCUGGAAGAAGGUACAGUGUUAAUAGCAGUAUUUCAAUUGCUUAUAUCAGGAUUCAAUAUGACAUUUUUCGUGCUGGCACUAGUACACACGAUGGGAAUUCAAGAAAUGGUGGUAAGGGACACAGAGGACGCUCUCGAGAGAGAGGCCUUAGAAGAUAUAUCGUCUAAUCAUCUAAAUACUAAGAAAAUGGAUAUGGCGCACCAUAAUGCAACUGAAACGGUGUACUCGAUAUACUGCGGUUUGGUGAUCACAGUGAUACAUUUUAUUUCCACUAUCCUGCUGUUGUACGGUGUGCUGGCGAACAAUCGCCACUUCAUGGCGCCCUGGUUGGUGGUCAUGAUGACGAUAAUAUCGGCGUUGACAAUUUCUGUGUUCGUGGUAGAACAAGGCUGCCCGUUUAUUGCUACGCUCGGAGGCAAUGCUGAUAUUUGUGAACGCAUAAUCGUUCUACUCGUCGCAAUCAGUAAUUCUUACGUGUGGCUCGUCGUGUACAGCGCUUACAAGAGUCUCGAGACUAAGAAAGGACUGACCCACGUUCUUCAUGGCGUGAAGAAAAAGCCUGUAGUUCCAGUCGUGAAAAAAUCGAAAGCCGUUAAGGCGGACGCGAAUAAACCUUUCGAGGUUUAAAGAUUAUUAAACAAAGAUAUAGAGAUAGCGACAGAAAGUCGGAUUUAUUCGUUACAAUGAAUGAGAAAGGUCGCGUUCGAUGGCAAGAGCUCUCGUUAUUGGGAAGUACCUUUCAAAUGACAGUGUUUUUUAAACAAAUUUUAAGAUCACCCUCGGUCUGCCAACAAGGCCUACGGAUUCAAUCUUGUCAUCUGUAAAAUUUUGCAAUCUAGUCAAAUGUCAACGUGUUUCGUCUUUGACGAUAAUUGAACAAAAGGAAAGAAAGACGAAUGAGAAAGGUGCGGUAAAUUUAUGUUAGAAAAACACUGUGCAUCUUAUUUCUAUACAUAAUACGAUGGAGAUGUUCCAUUUUACAAAAGCUCAAAAUAAAUCUGCAGUACAAAAAG